CAUUGUUUCAGCAUACUGAAAAUAAUAGUCUGUAGCCUACUACUAACUUACUCUGACUGGUACGUAAUGUGGCAUAAGGAUUACUCCCUCUUAUGAUGUCAGCAUUGGUAUUACACCCACACUGGGCAUUUCAUGUGUGUGGUCAAGGUUACUUCUUCUCUUUCUACAUGCCAACUUUGCCAUCAUGCGAGAGAUUGUUCAUCUACAGAUCGGACAGUGUGGAAAUCAGAUCGGCUCAAAGUUCUGGGAGGUGAUCACUGAUGAACAUGGCAUUAACAAAGUGGGAGCAUAUGAGGGUGACACGGACCUUCAGUUAGAGAGGGUCAACGUUUACUUCAAUGAAGCACAUGGUGGGAAAUAUGUUCCGAGAGCCCUGUUAGUGGACCUCGAGCCAGGCACUAUGGACAGUGUGAGGGGCAGUCACACAGGACAACUCUUCAGACCAGACAAUUUUAUACAUGGGAAUUCUGGAGCUGGCAAUAACUGGGCCAAAGGGCAUUAUACAGAAGGUGCAGAACUUGUGGAGCAAGUUGUGGAUCGUGUCCGUAAUGAAGCUGAGAGCUGCGACUGCAUGCAGGGCUUUCAGUUUGUCCAUUCACUGGGUGGUGGCACCGGUUCCGGAAUGGGUACUCUCAUCAUCAACAAGAUUCAAGAGGAGUAUCCCGACCGCAUCAUGAAUAGUUUUAGCAUAAUGCCCUCACCAAAGGUCUCAGAUACAGUAGUGGAGCCAUACAAUGCAACACUAUCAGUUCACCAACUAAUUGAAAAUACAGAUGAGACGUAUUGUAUCGAUAACGAAGCGCUGUAUGACAUCUGCUUCCGUACGCUCAAGCUCACAACGCCAACCUAUGGAGAUCUCAACCACCUGGUAUCCCUAACCAUGAGCGGGGUCACGACCUCCCUUCGCUUCCCAGGUCAACUGAACGCCGACCUUCGCAAGCUGGCCGUCAAUAUGGUGCCCUUCCCGCGUCUCCAUUUCUUCAUGCCAGGUUUUGCUCCUCUUACGGCAUGUGGCAGCCAGCAAUAUCGUGCCUUUACAGUGCCCGAGCUCACCCAGCAGAUGUUUGACGCCCGUAACAUGAUGACCGCAUGUGACCCGCGUCGAGGGCGCUACCUGACCGCAGCGGGCGUUUUCCGUGGUCGCAUGUCCCCCAAAGAGAUUGAAGAGCAAAUGCUUGUAAUUCAGCAGAAGAAUAGCAACUACUUCGUGGACUGGAUCCCGCAAAACGUCAAAGUGGCCGUUUGCGAUAUUCCGCCACGUGGCCACAAAAUGUCCUCUACUUUCAUUGGAAACAACACCACAAUCCAGGAGAUAUUUAAGCGUAUAGGGGAGCAGUUCACGCUGAUGUUCAGACGCAAGGCCUUCCUGCAUUGGUACACGGGGGAGGGCAUGGAUGAGCUGGAGUUCACAGAGGCAGAGAGCAACAUGAAUGAUCUGGUUUCAGAGUACCAGCAAUAUCAGGAUGCCACAGCUGAUCUGGAUUUGGAAGGAGAAGGUGAAGUGGUAGAAGAAGAGGGUCUGUCACCAACAGCAAGGAGCACCAGAGUAGAGAUUAAGACUGAGGUGGUCACUGAAACUUCUGUCAAUGAAUGAGGUGCAGGCUUUGCUGAAUAUGGCUGGAUGUGUUAAACUGAGUGGGAACCUUUUAUAAUGCAAACAGUGAAAUAUUUCUUACCUCCAGGAGAUAAAUGAUUAAAAUUGUAUUAAUUUCCUUAAACAACAAAAACAAAACAAAAAAAAACAACAA